AUGACUGAGAAAGAGAUACGACUUGCAUGUUCCCCGCUCUCGGUCGAGCAGCCGACCAAAGAAGUUUCUACUCUCGAGCGAGAGCUGGAAACACACACUAUAGAAUCAGGUGAACAGGCUCAGUCACCCGGCGCAGGCUCGUCGCAACCUCCUCUCUCAAAGGCUCGCACGAUUGCCUUGGUGGCUACACUGACCGGAGCUGCGUUUCUCAAUACUUUGACGGUGCAGGCCGUUGUCAUCGUACUCCCAAGUAUUGGCAAGGCACUGGACAUUCCAGUAGCUCGACAACAAUGGAUCGUUUCGGCAUACUCUCUGGCCUUUGGCUGCUUCCUGUUGUUAUGGGGUAAGCUCGGCGAUGUCUACGGCAAGAGGUCCAUAUUCAUUCUGGGAUCACUGUGGGUUGCCAUCCUCACUCUGAUCAACCCCUUCGCAACCAACGAGAUUGCCUUCGAUCUCCUCCGAGGACUACAAGGCGUUGGUGGAGCUGGCAAUGUUCCAACCGCCAUCGGUAUCCUGUCCGCUACGUUUCCUCCUGGAAAGGCCCGGAACUAUGCUUUCUCUCUGUACUCGGCCGGUGCCCCCAUGGGCUCUGUCAUGGGCAAUCUGCUCGGUGGACUUGUCGCACAAUACGCAUCCUGGAGAUGGAUUUUCUGGAUCCUCUCGAUCAUGGCAUUCUUGGUAACGGCAGCGGGUUACUUCGUUAUUCCCAAGCCACCGCCGCGGUCAAACACUGAGCCGAAGAAGUCCAUCGACUGGGUCGGGGCUCUCUUGGUGACAGUCGGUGUACUCAUUCUUCUCUUCGCACUGGCCGAGGGCAACGUCGUUGGAUGGAGCAAGCCGUAUAUCCCAGUUCUGAUCGUUGCAUCGAUUCUGUGCAUCAUCACCUUUGUCAUCUGGCAACUGUAUCAAGAGAAACGAACACGACGCCAGCCUCUGAUGAAGAUUACAUUGUUCAAACGUCUCAAGGUUUCUGCCGCUAUGUUAGCAAUGGCUGUCUUCUUCUCGGCCUUCAACAACUACCUCAUCUUCUCGACAUAUUUCUACCAAGAGUACCUCGGACUCAGCGCCAUACAGACGACUCUCCGUUUCAUCCCGACAGGUGUCGUUGGUAUACUCACGGUACUCGUAACAUCACAACUACUAAGCCGAGUACCUAUUCAUUACAUACUCAUGUGGGGAAUGACUUGUGUAGGAUUGGCAAACUUGCUUAUGGCUGUCCCGAUACCUCCGACAGAGACGUACUGGGCCUAUGGCUUUCCAGCCAUGUGUUUAGCCGUGUUCGGCGCAGAUACCUUGUUUCCAUCACUACUGCUUCUCGUCGCGCAUAAUCUACCUCCAGAGGAUCAGGCCCUAGGUGGUGGUCUCGUCAACGCUCUGGGUCAGAUCGGGAGAGCCAUCGGUUUAGCCAUCGGUACUGCCAUUCAAGUCGCCGUGCAGAAGAGCCAGGAGGGAACGCGUGUCGUUGACAUGGAAGACAAUGUUGGCGACCACGCCUACCUGCAUGGAUUGCACGCAGCCCAAUGGCUCAACGUAGGCUUUGCAGCGACUGGGUUUCUCGUUGUCGCGCUUGCGUUCAGGGGCGCGGGAGUGAUUGGAGGAGCUCCCAAAUGCCGAAAGAAGCAGUCUCGAUAG